AUGCGGGCUCCUGCAUUGAAACAAGCGAGCAACCUGGUUGCGAGGGCACCGUUUGCUCUCGACUCAUGUAGUCCUCCUGAUUGCAGACUUUACCACCGCCCGCGGUUAGGAGGCACGCGCCAAGAAGAAGCCUUGCAAAAUGCACUCUCGGCAGUCCGCCACUCUUCGAGCUCCAAAGCCCGGGAGAAAAAACGAGCAGAAGACAGGGACUUCAUUGUAUCCGUUCUAGAGGCAUCAGCUACCCGUCGUGAUGCCAAGGGAUAUCUUCAGAAAUACGCCCCUCAGUCGGGUGAAGGCGCGCCCAAGAACCGCAAGGCAAACGAGCUGCAAGAACCACCUGACCAGACUUAUUCGUCCAUCCGGGUUGUCAAUCAGGCGCCAAAGUUCAUCCAGGGUAGUGAUACCAAGACCGAGACUACCGUUCCCCUUGAUGAGCCCAUCAACUUGGCCAUUGUCAAAAUACGCCUUCCGCAGGAGAUUGACGACGAAAUGCUGAGUGCCAUGGCCAAGACUUUGACCCAGCUCAGAAAACUCGGUCUUGUGAGUCUCAUUGUUCUGGAUGGAGGGUCAGCCUCGAACCGAAAGCUCCUCCGUGAACAAUCAUGGCGGGUUCAGCAAGCCGUCGAGGUCUUUGGCGAACCGGGCUGCAUUUUGCUUGACCAAUGCGUUGCCGAGGCUCAGUCACAGACGCCUCAAACCCAGGGCUUUAUGCCGUCUGGCGUUUACGUCCAGCACCCACAUAUUUUGCUACGAGCUCUACGGGAUAACGCUAUCGUAGUCGUGCCUCCAGUCACUAUGGCGCACGAUAUGAAGAGCAUUGACGUGGUUGAUGCUGAUGAAACUAUUAUAGCGCUUACCAAAUACUUUUGCGGGCUUCAGCCCAAUGCUUCUGAGCACGCAAUGGGGUCGCCAGACUCUAGUCACAGUCCAGGCGCCUGGGUUGCCUCGGUUGAGAAGGUCAUCAUUCUGGACCCAGUCGGAGGCACGCCUCUAUCUGACGCGCACGAUGACUCUUGCCAUCGAUACAUCAAUCUCGAGCAGGAAUUCGAAGGCAUUAUGUAUGGGCUUACACAUCCUUCGGGGUCGGAGGCGGCACGAGACAAAGUUCCGGAAGAUGCACGGCGGAUCCAUGCCCGCAACCUUGACUUGUCGAGGAAGGUGCUUGCCAUGCUGCCAUCGACGUCUUCGGCCAUCAUCAGCACCCCUUCUGCUGCAGCGAACAAGCCCAUCCAGGAAUUCACCAGGGUUACAACGCGUAACAGGCAAAACCCUUUGAUCCACAACCUCCUGACGGACAAACCCGUCUUCUCGUCAUCACUGCCCCUCGAGCGGGUGCGUUCAGGGAAGAAGGCCGAUGCAGUAUCCGGCGAAACACACGUGGCAACUUUGCUCAAACGCGGGAUGCCUCUUACAGUGUACCCUGAUCCUACAAUUAGUGCCUGGCUGCCACCGCGUCCGGGAGGCCCACGCUUGAGGCUCACGGACACCUGCAUAGACCUGCCACGACUGGUUCAUCUGAUCAACGAUUCCUUCAACCGUGAGUUGGACGUUCAACAUUAUUUGGAGCGUGUCAAUGAGAAUCUGGCUGGCAUCAUAAUUGCCGGAGAAUACGAAGGCGGGGCGAUCCUGACGUGGGAGAGGCCGUUCGGGUUGGACGAGGAGACGGCAUACAAGACGGGACGCCUCGUUCCGUAUCUAGACAAGUUUGCCGUCCUCAAAAGUCGACAGGGCAGCGGCGGUGUUGCUGACGUAGUUUUCAACGCCAUGGUGAGGGGCUGUUUCCCAGAGGGUGUCUGUUGGCGUAGUCGACAAGAUAACCCCGUCAACAAGUGGUAUUUCGAAAGGUCAUUGGGAACGUGGAAGCUGAAGGACACCAACUGGACAAUGUUCUGGACAACUCCUUAUCUGCCACUAAGCGAUCCGAAGUUGCUGGAUUACGAGGAUGUUUGCCGCAACAUUGAGCCAUCGUGGGCAGAUUCAAGGCCACCAGACUAA